AUGGCAAACAAUUUAGAUUCAGUUUGUGAAAAAAAGUCUACACGUUUCUUGCAAGUUCCUUUAAAAUCAACUGAGCAGAUUUAUUUAAUUUUUUUAAUUCCAACAUUGGUUACCUGUGUGGUAUAUGUAAUUCAUUUUUCUGCGGACUUAGUAGUUGCUAUACAACAUUUUAAAGAAAAUAAUCCAGUAUGGGGGUGUUGUACUAUUGGUUUUAUGUAUGCUCCAGCAAUUGCAUACUUUAUGUUAACUAUUUCAAGACCAGAUUGGUGGAUGACAGAUGAUGAUAAACUGACAAAAGGUAUCUUUUGUUGGUUUUGCCUUCAGCUUUGUCAACUGGUGUGCUUUGUAUUUUUUUCUCUUUAUAGAUAUGCAGCUCUAAUAGUAUUAUCUAUUGAGGCUAUUAUUUUAACUGGGAAAGAGAGAACAAAGACUUUGAACAUAGCAGCUGCUCCUGCAGCUAUAGAAUUAUACUUCUUUCUACAAGCAUGGUUUCAAGCAGCUCCUCAAGCAAUUUUUCAAACACAUUUGCUUUUCCGUGGAACAUUACUUCAUCAGAGUCAUCAAUCUGUGGUUGUAAAGGUGCUUUCCAUUCUUAUGUCUAUUGUGAUACUUGCUAUUCAAACUACCUCUUUUCAAAGAUUUGAAAGUCAACGUAUUAAUGGUAGAAAAUUACCAUGGGCAAUGUGGUUAAAAAAAUAUUGUGUUCAGGAACUUCGUGAUCUUGAAGAAAGAGCUCCUUUAAAACAAUUUGAUGUAAAAGAGGAAGAAAUUAUACAUACAAAUAAUCCAAUGGAAAAUUUUGCAGAACAAAAGGAAUCUACAAAAAUUCAAAAUGAAGAUGCAGGACAACCUGGCUCUCAUAUCUCUUUAAACCGUCAAGUAUCUGUAACACCUCCUUUACCACCUAAAAAUGUACACAUUACACCACCUCCAACUCCUUUACGUGGAAUUACUACAGUUACACCUUUACCUAUACCAGAUAUACCAGCUCCACCAAGACCAGAUUCUAUAUGUACAGUUGCAGAAAAUUCGGAAUCUGAGAAAAUAUUUACUAAAUCAGUAUCUGUUACAGAAACAAAUAAAAACACAAGUAGCAUACAAAGUUUAAAAGUUCCACAACGAAAAUAUUCAGUAAAAGGUUUAGAAGAAGAUGAUCCAGUAGGCAAAUUUUUGAGUUUUCUAUGGUGGUCUUUUUUUAUUCUAGCACGUAUACUUGCUAUUGCCAUAUUCUAUGAAUUUUAUCCACUUUACUUAUGUAUUGUGCUUACUAUACAUUAUGCUGUCAUGUUGAUAUAUCUCUUUUAUUAUGCAAAAUAUUAUGACAUUAUUACUUUUCUUCUUAAUCUAUGGUUAGGAUUAGUUUACAUAAUUAGCAUAAUUGAAUAUAAAAUCAGAUUUAAAUAUGCAGAUAAAUGGGUGUUACCAUAUUACAUUUUUGUACUAAUGCAAAAUACAUUUCUGACAUUAACUUGGUACUUGUAUGCAGAUUGGGAUGGAUUUUGGUAUACUUACGCAUUUUAUGUAAUUUUUGGAAGUAUGACAAUGUGCAUUUUAUCAACUACAAUUUAUUGUGCUUUACUUAAACCAAAGAAGAGUAGGAUAUAUACCAGUUGA